UUGUCCACGUUUACAUUUUCUUGCAUGCGAUAUACCAGGUUUUUAUCAGUCCACGUAUUCCCAUGUCAAUUCAUAUCUGAAGGUGUUAGAUAAAGCUGGUCGUAAACCCUUAAUUUUUUUGAAAGGUGAUCCCAAAUCUCGAGAGAAUCUCUCUGCUGCUAGUUGGCUAAAAUUAAUUGACUUUGAUCAAUCAGUGAUCGCUAAUUACAAUGCUUAUGACGUCUUGCAUAAUUUAUGAAUAUAUUUCACCUGGGUAGCCUAUAUGCCGUUCACUCAUUCUUGUUAUUUUUAUAUGACUUGCUUGGCCUUUAUAUACAUUCAUUUCCUUUAAGCUAUUAUACCUUAUCUAUUAUGUCAUAGAACAAUCAACACUGUUUGGGAUUAUGAAUUUAAUACCUGUAUUGCUAUGAAUAUACAUAAAAACUCAUGAAAUUGUUACCAUUUAUAUCUUUUCAACUGCUGCCAAUAUUACAUCAAAUCUAGCUUCUAUACAUUUGUUCAUAUAAUUUUAUAGACUAUUAAUCUACUGCUGAAAUAUCUUCCUGGAAGCCCGAAAAAAAAAUAUGCUGCUGAAAUAUAAUUUAAAAAUAAAAAAAAUAGUUACCGGUAUAUUUCAUUUCCCAUAGUUAUAGCAUUAAACUUUCAGCCUGAAAACAAAAUAUGUUGAUAAGAUAUAAUUUUAAGAAUAAAGAAAAUUUCCCAUAGGUAAAUUAAAAGCAUAAACCCGGAUCAUUUAUUUGUUCUUAGGACUUAGGAGCAGAAUGAAUUGGAAGUGACAUCCUCGGUUAUAAAACAAUAUAUUGAAGCUUUUUGUCAUAUUUUUUUAUAUCGAGUAUGUGAUGGAUAAAUGAUUCAAUAGAUUUUUUAAAAUUGAAAUAUUGUCUAUAAUUCUGCGGAUCACAUCCGUUUUGGUCAGUAUUUAUGCUGGCCCCUUUACAGAUAAUGUUUCAAUAUAUAUAACCUACAAAUGCUUCUUUAUCAUAUAUUUAGAUUACCGGUACCCUGAAUUACAUAACUUGUACAAUCAAUCAACGCAGUCAUGGCAAUGAAUCCUGAAACAUACGAGGAAUUUCAGAGACAGAUAGAACUUCAGAAAGAAGAAAAUACUCUGGAAGAAGGCGGGGGUGCAAAGGUCAAAGUUGAUGAAGAUGGAACGGAGUAUGAGUGGGACGAAAAGAAAAAGGCUUGGUUUCCUAAAUUAAGUGUCGAAUUGAUGAUGAAAUAUCAAGAGAAUUAUGACGCUGGAACAGAAGUAGAUUCAUCACAUAAAUUCACUUCUUACACAGAUCCUGUAACCAAAGUAACUUUUCAUUUCAACUCUGAAACUUCAAAAUGGGAACCAGAACAUAAUGAAAAUGGAGAGCCUUGCAAAUAUACAGAUCCAAAUGGGGUUAUUUAUGUAUGGAACAGUGACCAAGGCAAAUGGGAUUUAGAACUUUCAAUAGAACUAAAUGGCGAUUCAACUAACAAAGACAGUAAUAAUGAGUCUACUAGUACAAACGAGUCGCAAAAUGAUAGUAAGACUGAACAUACAUAUACAGAUUCGAACACGGGAAUACUUUAUAAAUGGGAUUAUGAAAAACAACUUUGGGUUUCAGAGGAUGGUCAGGUUAUGUAUCCUUCUGGGCAUGGAAAUUUUACUACGACAUCAUACACUGAUCCUAAGACUGGAGUGAUUUACAAUUGGGAUGAAAAUAAACAAGAAUGGGUGGCAGAGAAAAAAGUUAAAAAUAAAAAAGAAAAUACAAAGAAAGACACCAAAAGGAAAGCGUCUGAUCCUACCUGGUUUAAAGUUACGGAAGAUAAAAACACAAAUGUUUAUGUUAGUGGCUUACCACCAGAUGUAAGUUUAGAAGAGUUUGGUUCUAUCAUGUCAAAGUGUGGAAUCAUAAUGCCAAAUCCUCAUACCGGUAAACCCAAACUGAAGUUGUAUAAAGACAAGGAGGGUAAUUUAAAAGGUGAUGGCUUAUGUUGUUAUUUAAAAAAAGAAUCGUUAGAUUUGGCAAUGCAAUUAUUAGAUGAUACUUUAGUGCGUGGGGGAUACAGAAUUCAUGUACAAAAAGCAAGUUUUGAACUCAAGGGAUCUUAUGAUCCAUCAAAAAAACCAAAAAUGCUGAGCAAAAAGGAAAAAGCACGACUUCACAAAGAACAAGAAAGGCUACUUGACUGGAAACUAGCAAGAAAAGACGCUGUAAAAAAAAGUGAAAGAGUACUAAUAUUUAAAAAUAUGUUCGAUCCUAAAGAAUUUGAAGAAGAUGCUGUACUUAUUACAGAAAUAAGAGACGAUCUUCGCAAAGAGUGCGAAAAAUUUGGGGAUGUGAAAAAGGUUCUUGUAUUUGAUCGCCAUCCUCAAGGAGUCUGUUCCGUUUCAUUUAAAGAUUUUGAUGAAGCUACAAAAUGUAGGGAUGCAAUGAAUGAAAGAUGGUUUGCAAAAAGAAAAAUUUCUGUUGAUCCGUGGGAUGGUGUUACGGACUAUCAAAUCGAAGAGACUGAUAAAGAAAGAGAAGUUCGAAUAAAAAACUGGGAGAAAUUUCUUGUUGAGGAUAAUAAAAAGGAAAAUAUGGAGGAAGGAGAAAAUUCCGAAGUGAAAAGUGAAGCUGAAUCAUGAGGUUGUAUAAUGUUCUUCGUUGAAUGAAAAUGUAACUUCACUUCGUCACAUAAGGGUAUGGAAGAUAGCUGAUAUAUGCUGCUUGAAAUAUUGUGUCGUAGUUCGAUCUGCUGACUCAAAUUGUUAAAGCAGCUGUUGUGACUGAUCAGUGAACUAUCAAUCUGGUUCAUUUCAAAACAUACCAUAAUCAUAUUUCAAAAGUUUGAAGGCCAUUGUUAUCUUUAUCAAAAUGCAAAGACAUUCAAGAUAUCAAUGUGACAUCUAUUUCGUGCAAAAUCACAUCAAUAUCCAUGUUGCAAAGUCUAUUCUAUGAAUUCUUUAUUGCCAAGUAAUUUAACAUAUUGAGUUAUUUCUUUGUGGAGAAAUUGUACAAAUUAAUCACAACUAGUAGAUUAACAUUUCUCAUUAUUCAUUUCUCACAAUCCUUCAAGUCAUUCGGUAAUGUAAUGUUUCAUACAGAUUUUCUUGUUUUUGUUUUUGAACUUUGUCACCUGGGUUGACUGUUCUUAAUGAAAUGGCUCUGCCUUUAUUAUCACCAGUGAUACGGUUACCUCUUGAGUAAAUCUGUUGCAAUUCUUUGAAAAUACAAUUGUCUACAUACAAAGUUUUUAGGCUAUUCAUUAUUGUUUGCUUAGAGCAAACAGCCAUAUUAUGGCUUUAUUGCUAGAGCACUAUAGUAUGAUGUAUAUUAUAGAUUCAAACAAACAACUUUGGCACAAUAAUUGAAAAAUAAUAUAUUGUUUUGAUAUUUAAUGAAAUAUACAUUAUGAAAUUUGAUUUUUGAAUACUAUUACCAGAAAUCUAUACUGCUUUAAAUUCAGAGAUGUUACUAUUAGAUUUAAUUUUUAGGUUGCGAUUUUGUUGUGUAUUUCUUUGGGUUCCAUUUUCAGAUACAAAUUACGACUGCAAUGUUAUGCUUGCUGAGUGGAUGAUGUGACCAUGGAUUUCAAAUAACUUUGCUCUGUAUUUAUGUGGAUAAUAUCACCGCAUUUUUGAUAAAGAUUACCGAAUAUAUGAAGUUGUCCCUUAAAACGAAAACGGUCCAGAAUAUUACUUUGGAAUAUUAUAAAUUGAAUUUCAAUUAUCCAUGUACUUCUUAUAUAAUUUCUUAAAUUUUUCUUCCAGA